AUGACCGAAGUUCUGGAAACUCCGACUCUUACGCAUGACGUCAUCGAGGAACAGGCCGCGCGAACGGUUCAGAGAAUCUAUCGUGGUCACCGAACACGACGAGAGCUGCGCGGACUUGGCUUGGCUGCUUCCACCCGAUGGGUUGAGGCAUUUCGAGAAGCCCAAUGGCACCAACUCCAUCAACCACCCGAACCUCGUGUCACACCUAGAGACGAGGGCUUCAGUCAAUCUCGUCGAAACUGGCAACGAGCGGUAAGUGUCGCUCGGCGCGUUGGUGGCGACGAUCAUGUUUCGGAAGUUUCGCCUUCUACAGGGACUCGAUCAGGACCUAAUAAUACAGAGAUUUCAUCGGGGGCUACGGCAAAGAUGAUGGAUCUUCAAUACUUUCUCGAGAUGGUUGAUCUCAAACAUCGACACGGAAGCAAUCUGCGCUCGUACCACACAUAUUGGCGGAAUUCAUCAUCAAAUGAAAAUUUCUUCUUUUGGUUGGACCAUGGUAAUGGAAGAAACAUUGAACUUCCGCAAUGCUCGCGAGAAAGACUAGAGAAGGAACAAGUCCGCUAUCUCACCCGCGAGGAACGUUUGAAUUAUAUGGUCACGGUAGACGAGAAUGGGCUCUUACGAUGGGCUAAAAACAAUGAGCUAGUAUGGACAACUACUGCACGUUUCAAAGAUAGCCUCCAGGGGAUUGUGAGAAUCGAGGAUGACGUGCCUCAAUUCAAUGGGAACUCCUCAAUUCCACAACCAGCUUCCACGUCAGGCUUAUCAUCAUCAUCAUCGUCAUCAUCAUCAAUAUCUACAGAACAGAGUUUCGAUGGUGUCUCAAAUCAAACCCCGAAACAUCCCACCGAUGAAGAGUACAAAACUGCGAAGAUAAUCAAAAAAGUAAUACAUACAAGCCCUACUACCGCAUUUAAGCGACUUUUGGGCAAGUCCUCAGAUAAAGAAGAUAUGUGGCUAUUCGUUGCAGACACUUCUUUUCGUUUGUACAUUGGCAUAAAGAAACCAGGUGCCUUUCAGCAUUCCUCUUUUCUUCGAGGUGCCCGCAUCGCAGCAGCUGGAAUGAUUAAGAUCAAACAUGGCGUACUUCGAAGCCUAACACCACUUAGUGGUCAUUAUCGUCCUCCAGCUGCCAAUUUUAGGGCGUUCCACCAUGCUAUACAGCAAAAAGGCGUUGAUAUGUCUCAUGUUUCCAUGAGCAAGUCUUAUCUCAUGCUCGCUGGAAUUCAAAGUUAUACCAAAACAAAACAAAAGGCGCGUGCCGUACAGGACAAGGUUGACAAUCCCAAGCAAAAGUUCUAUCAAUCCCAAGAAUGA